AUAAGACUUCCAGGACAUUGGAGAAAUUCAUCUGUCCUUUCACGGUGAGAGUACAGUACCGGAAAACAACCAUGGAGUGGAAAAUACUACCCAUUUGCUUGUUGCUGCUACUUUCUGUUUUUUUGAUUCAGCAAGUUUCAUCUCAAGAUGUACCAAGCUGUGCAGGGAGAUGUGGGGAAGGGUAUUCUAGAGAUGCCAUCUGCAACUGUGAUUAUAACUGUCAACACUACAUGGAGUGCUGCCCUGACUUCAAGAAAGUCUGCACUGUAGAGCUUUCCUGUAAAGGUCGCUGCUUCGAGUCCUUUGCGCGAGGAAGGGAGUGUGACUGUGACUCCCAAUGUAAGAAGUUUGGCAAGUGCUGUUCCGACUAUGAGACUUUCUGUGAAGAAGUGCACAAUCCCACAACACCACCACCUUCAAAGACUGCACCUCCGCCUCCAGGAGCAUCUCAAACCAUCAAAUCAACCUCCAAACGUUCACCCAAAUCACCAAAAAAGAAGACUAAGAAAGUUAUAGAAUCAGAGGAAAUAACAGAAGAACAUUCUGUUUCUGAAAACCAAGAGUCCUCUUCCUCCUCUUCCUCUUCCUCUUCAACUAUUCGGAAAAUCAAGUCUUCCAAAAAUUCAGCUGCUAAUAAAGAAUUACAGAAGAAACCCAAAGUAAACGAUGACAAGAAAAAACCACCUAAAAAGGAACCUAAAAAGGAACCACCAGUUGAGGAUGAAGCUGGAAGUGGCCUGGACAGUGGCGAUCCCAAGCUCACCCCAACUCCUGACACUCCUACCACGCAAAACAAUAAAGUUACCACAUCUCUCAAGACUCCAACAAUAAAGCCAGAAAGUCUUAAACCCAGUCCUCCGCCUAACUCUGAUACAUCCCAAAAGACAUCUUCCACAGCCAAUAAAGAGACAACAGUUGAAACUAAAGAGACUACUGUAACAAACCAACAGACUUCCACUAGUGAGAAACAGAAGACUACUUCAGCUAAGGAGAUUCGAAGUGCAGAGAAAACAUCUGGUAAAGAUUUGGCACCCACACCCGAAGUUCCUGCUAAACCUACACCAAAAGCUGAAACUACAACCCCCAAGGAACCUGCACCCACCACCACUAAGAAGCCUGCACCCACCACCCCCAAGGAGCCUGCACCCACCACCCCCAAGGAGCCUGCACCCACUACCCCCAAGAAGCCUGCAACCACCACGCCCAAGGAGCCUGCACCCACCACCCCCAAGGAGCCUGCACCCACUACCCCCAAGAAGCCUGCACCCACCACGCCCAAGGAGCCUACACCCACCACCCCCAAGGAGCCUGCACCCACCACGCCCAAGGAGCCUGCACCCACCACGCCCAAGGAGCCUGCACCCACCACCCCCAAGGAGCCUAUACCCACCACCCCCAAGGAGCCUGUACCCACCACCACUAAGAAGCCUGCACCCACCACCCCCAAGGAGCCUGCACCUACCACCCCUAAGGAGCCUGCACCUACCACCCCUAAGGAGCCUGCACCUACCACCCCCAAAGAGCCUGCACCCACCACCCCCAAGGAGCCUGUACCCACCACCACUAAGAAUCCUGUACCCACCACCCCCAAGGAGUCUACCACCACCAAGGAUCCUGCACCCACCCCUCCGGAGGAGCCAAUACUUACCAUACCCAAGGAGCCUGUACCUACUACACCCAAAGAGCCUGCACCUACUACCCCCAAGAAGCCUGCACCCAUCCCUCCAGAGGAGCCUGUACUUACCAACCCCAAGGAGCCUGCACCUACUACACCCAAAGAGCCUGCACCUACUACCCCCAAGAAGCUUGCACCCAUCCCUCCAGAGGAGCCUGCACCCACCCCCCCCAAGGAAUCUGCUCCCACCACCCCCAAAGAGCCUGCACCCACCACACCCAAAGAGCCUGCACCCACCACCCCCAAGGAACCUGCACCCACCACACCCAAAGAGCCUGUACCCACCACACCCAAAGAGCCUGCACCCACCACCCCCAAGAAGCCUGCUCCUACUACUCCUAAGACACCAGCUCCAGCUACCACCAUGGAGCUUCCCACUACCCCCAAGACUCCUGCUGAAGCAACUCCUGAGUUUUCUGCAGGACCCACACCAAAAGCUCCUGACAACAGUGCCAAGGAGCCCACUGUACCAACAACCAAGACUCCUGAAGUGACAACCGCUGCUGUACCUAAGAUUACAACAAAAGAGACAGCAACCACAGCAGAAGAAAAAACAACUGAAUCCGAAAUAGCAAGGACCACCAUGCAAGUAACACCCACCACUCAGGAUUCAUCAUUCAAAACUACUACUCUUAAAACAACACCAACUGAAGAGAGUAGGAACGAACCCGAAGAAUCCCGUGGACCAGAAGACACAGCUACUGAUUCUAAAGCAACAACUCCUAAACCCCAGAAGCCAACCAAAGCACCCAAGAAGCCCACCUCUACAAAAAAGCCACCCAAAGCACCCAAAAAACCCACUCCUACCGAAAAGCCAAGCUCUCCGAAAGGGAAAACACCAAAAACUACACCAACUCCCCCCAAGACGACAAUACCACCUAUCUCUCCAAAAGCCGUGCUCCAAACCACCACCAGCCCUAAGCAAACUCCAGACUCAGAAACAGUUGAAGUUAAUCCAAAUAAUGAAGAUGCAGAAGGUGACGGAGGAGAAAAACCACACAUGAUUCCCAGGCCUCCUGUGCUAACUCCUAUAGUUAUCCCAGGCACUGAUCACAUAGUGAGAGGACCCAGUCAAGGCAUCAGCUCCCACUCCCUGCUUUUAGAUGAUACCAAUUUAUGCAAUGGCAGACCAGUAGAUGGACUGACUACUCUGCGCAAUGGGACAUUAGUUGCAUUUAGAGGUCAUUAUUUUUGGAUGCUAAAUCCAUUCACUCCACCACCUCCACCUCGCAGAAUUACUGAAGUUUGGGGUAUUCCUUCACCCAUUGAUACUGUUUUUACUAGAUGCAACUGUGAAGGAAAAACGUUCUUCUUUAAGGAUUCUCAGUACUGGCGUUUCACCAAUGAUGUGCAAGAUGCAGGAUAUCCUAAACAAAUUGUAAAGGGAUUUGGAGGACUAACUGGAAAAAUUGUGGCAGCUCUUUCAGUAGCUAAAUAUAAGGACAGGCCCGAAUCUGUGUAUUUUUUCAAGAGAGGUGGCAAUGUUCAGCAGUAUGUUUAUAAACAGGAACCUGUUAGAAAGUGCACUGGAAGAAGGCCUGCUAUAAAUUAUUCCGUGUAUGGAGAUGCAGCACAGGUCAGGAGACGUCGCUUUGAACGGGCUAUAGGACCUCAAACUCACACCAUCAGAAUUCACUAUACACCUGUUGUUAGAGUUUCUUAUCAAGACAAAGGUACCCUCCAUAAUGAAGUUAAAAUGAGUACGAUGUGGAGAGGACUUCCAAAUGUGGUUACCUCAGCUAUAACACUGCCCAACAUUAGACGACCUGAUGGAUAUGACUACUAUGCCUUUUCCAAGGAUCAAUACUAUAACGUCAAUGUGCCCAGUAGAACAGCAAGAGCAGUCACUACUCGUGAUGGGAAGACCCUCUCCAAAGUCUGGUACAAAUGUCCUUAGACUUACAGGCAAAGGAAGAGCCAUCUAAUUAAAAUGAAGAAAAGGAUGAUCAAUUUUGACAUUGAAAUACAUUUUAUUAAUAAAGAGUGUUGAGAUAAGCAUA